GUAUAGAUUUAUAGGUAAUAUCACAUUUUCAAUGUAUAUAAGCUAUAAAUAAUUCACACUACGGAUGUUUAAUUAUCAUUUAAAUCUAAUUAACGUAAUUGGUUAUAUCGUGAGUGACAGACAAGGUUAACUGAAAGCAAAGCUUAUCAGACCGUUUUCCAACCAGAGUUUCGUACAAUGAAGCUGAUUUCCUGUCAGAUGAUAACCACACCCCGUGGUGAACGUUACGUGCACCAAGCGACAAUGAGCAUUCUUCAUCACCUCAGAAACUACUCGUGGGAUGCGAAGCCACUAGUAACUCUAGCUGCUUUCGCUUUGGAGUAUGGGAAUCUUCUGCACCUCAGUGAUGUUGCAACACCAGAUAACCUACUUACACUCUCCUUGAAACAACUGAAUCAAAUUCAAACCAGAAAGGACCCUGCCACCAUUUUGGUGCCAUUGGUGAUGAAGGUGCUUCACGACAUCCAAGAGUGGACAAGAUUGUCUUCUUUUGGUUACGACAUACUGGAUGUGUGCCAUCUUUGUCUGAUGCCCUUCAAGAGGUUCCUGUUGUUGUAUAUUGGAUAAUUUCUUCCCUUGCCACUGGAAACCUCGUUGGUGUGUCGUAAGUUAUCUUCUCAACUGUCACUGAUAUAAUUCACUGGUGCAUGUUGACGUACGUGAUA